GUUCAGGCAAUAUCCUGCCUCUUCUCUCCCAUCUUGACUCCACCAUUUAGAUUUUUCAAUCUGCCUCUUCUUUAACUUUCCCUCCCCCUGUGGGUUUGGGUCCCUGUCCUAAGGGCAGGGCCAGGGGGUUAGUAAUUCCCCUGGAACCUCACCCUCUGUGAUUUCCUGUAGGCUAGUCCCCUGUCCAGGAAAAGAAGGGAAAGACAUCUGUUCAGUUAUAAUCAUCCCCUCCCAACAGCCUGCAGAGGACCAAGGCCUGGCCCAAACAGGGAGCCUGGAGCCAGAGGGAAUGACCCCUGAGAGCUGCAGACCCCCAUCCCAGGAGUUGGUGACCUUCAAGGAUGUGGCUGUGGACUUCAGCCCAGAGGAGUGGAGUCUGUUGGACCCGGGUGAGAAAGAGCUGCACAAGGAGGUCAUGCUGGAGAAUGCUGAGAACUUGCUCUCCCUGGGACUUCCAGUUCCCAGAGAAGAUUUCAUCUCCCAUGUGGAUAGAGGAGGCCUGAGGAACUCCUGUCCUGAUGCAGAGACAUGGUUUGAUAUGAAGGAGAUGAGUGCAAAUCUAAAAAUGGUCUCAUGGAAAGACCUUUUUGAAUAUAGUGAAUACAGGGCUGUUCUUGCUAAGCAAAAAAGAAACCACAUUGGAGAGGAACAUUGUGAAUGGAAUACAUACAAAAAAACUUUAAGAAAAAGUUCCAGUGUUGCUAAAGAUAAGAAUAUACAUCCUGAAGAGCAAACACCUGACUGUCAUGAAUGUAGUAAAGCAUUUCUUGUACUGUCUUCCCUUGCCAAGCAUCAGAGAAUUAAUGCUGGAGAGAAUCCUUAUGAAUGUAAGAAACAUCGAAAGACUCUGAGAGAACGAUCUACUCCUGCUAAACAAGAGAGAACUCAUGAAAACAGAAAACCAUCUUACAUAUGUAAUCAAUGUGGAAAAAUUUUCCCAUGUUAUUCCAAAUUGGCUCAACAUCAGAGAAUUCACACUGGAGAAAAGCCUUAUGAAUGUAAUGAAUGUGGAAAAGCUUUCAUAGAUCGUCCCAAUCUUGCUAAACAUCCGAGAAUCCACACUAGAGAGAAGCCUUAUAAAUGUAAUGAAUGUGAAAAGACUUUCACAAGGAGUGACAAUCUUAGUGAACAUCAGAGAAUCCACACUGGAGAAAAGCCUUAUGAAUGCAAUGACUGUGGAAAGUCUUUCACAUAUCGCUCUUAUCUUAUUGCACAUCAGAGAAUCCACACUGGAGAGAAGCCUUAUGAAUGUAAUGAAUGUGGAAAGGCUUUCAGAAAGCACCGCUACCUUGUAGGACAUAAGAGAAUCCACACUGGCGAGAAGCCUUAUAAAUGUAAUGAAUGUGGAAAAGCUUUCAUAGAUCGUCCCAAUCUUGCUAAACAUCGAAGAAUCCACACUGGAGAGAAGCCUUAUAAAUGUAAUGAAUGUGGAAAGGCUUUCAGAAGGAGUGACAAUCUUCGUGAACAUCAGAGAAUCCACACUGGAGAGAAGCCUUAUGAAUGUAAUGACUGUGGAAAGGCUUUCACAAAGCACUGCUCCCUUGAAGUACAUCAGAGAAUCCACACUGGAGAAAAGCCUUAUAAAUGUAACGAAUGUGGAAAGGCUUUCACAAAACACUUCUCCCUUGAAGUACAUCAGAGAAUCCACACUGGAGAGAAGCCUUAUGAAUGUAAUGAAUGUGGAAAGGCUUUCAAGGAUCGCUCCUACCUUGUUGUACAUCAGAGAAUCCACACUGGAGAGAAGCCUUAUGAAUGUAAUGAAUGUGGAAAGGCUUUCACAAAGCGCUCCUACCUUGUAGUACAUCAGAGAAUCCACACUGGAGAGAAGCCUUAUGAAUGUAAUGAAUGUGGAAAGGCUUUCAAGGAUCGCUCCUACCUUUCUGUCCAUCAGAGAAUCCACACUGGAGAGAAGCCUUAUGAAUGUAAUGAAUGUGGAAAGGCUUUCACAAAGCGCUCCUAUCUUGUAGUACAUCAAAGAAUCCACACUGGAGAGAAGCCUUAUGAAUGUAAUGAAUGUGGAAAGGCUUUCACAAAGCUCUCCUCCCUUGAAGUACAUCAGAGAAUCCACACUGGAGAGAAGCCUUAUAAAUGUAAUGAAUGUGGAAAGGCUUUCAUAAAGCGCUCCUGCCUUGUAGUCCAUCAGAGAAUCCACACUGGAGAGAAACCUUAUGAAUGUAACGAAUGUGGAAAAGCUUUCACAAAGCGCUCCUAUCUUGUAGUACAUCAGAGAAUCCACACUGGAGAAAGCCUUAUAAUAAUCACAUGGAAGAAGCCUUAUGAAUGUAAUGAAUGUGGAAAGGCUUUCACAAAGCGCUCCUCCCUUGAUGCACAUCAGAGAAUCCACACUGGAGAGAAGCCUUAUGAAUGUAAUGAAUGUGGAAAGGCUUUCACAAAGCACUCCUGCCUUGUAGUACAUCAGAGAAUCCACACUGGAGAGAAACCUUAUGAAUGUAAUAACUGGAAAGGCUUUCACACAGCGUGAAAGUCUUGGUAAACAUGAGAAAAUCCACAUUGGACAGAAGCCUUCAGACAAUGCUCAAAUCUUGCUUAGCAACAGAGAAUGCACA